AUGACUUCAGACAAACUUUAUAUCCUCGUGAUUGGCUCAGGUGGACGUGAACACGCCAUUUCCUGGAAGUUAGCUCAAUCACCGAGAGUAGAACGGAUAUUUGUAGCUCCAGGUAACGGCGGUACAGAAUCUGGACUAAAUAAAGUGUCCAACAUUAACAUUGGAGUUACUGAAUUCGACAAAUUAAUCCAAUUUUCACUGGAUAAUAAUGUAAAUCUGGUUGUACCCGGUCCCGAACAGCCCCUAGUUGAAGGUAUCGAACUCGCAUUCAGAAAAUUCGGUAUUCCAUGCUUUGGUCCAUCAUCAAAUGCUGCCAUAAUGGAAGGAUCCAAGACAUUUUCCAAAGAUUUUAUGAAAAGACACGGCAUUCCUACUGCCGCUUAUGAGAAUUUUUCUGAUUACGAGAAGGCUAAAAAUUAUAUAGAAUCCGUCCCUCACAACGUUGUUAUCAAGGCCUCAGGUCUUGCAGGUGGUAAAGGCGUCAUCAUUCCAACUAACAAACAAGAAGCUCUGAAGGCACUAAAAGAUAUAAUGGUUGAUAAAGUAUUUGGUUCAGCAGGUAAUAAAUUUCCAUUUUGGAGGUUGGAUCCGGAAUUAACUAAUAGUCAUUUACUAGGCGAUGAAGUUGUGAUUGAAGAAUUUCUUGAAGGUCAAGAACUGAGUGUCUUGGCCUUCUCGGAUGGAUACACCAUUGUACCCCUUCCACCUGCGCAGGAUCACAAGCGUAUUUUUGAUGGAGAUCAAGGGCCAAAUACUGGUGGCAUGGGUUGUUAUUGCCCAACUCCAAUUGCUACAUCAGAACUAAAUACUCAAAUUAAGAACACAAUUCUCCAGCCUACUAUCGAUGGCAUGCGACGUGAUGGUUUUCCCUUUGUUGGAAUGCUCUUCACUGGACUUAUGAUAACUAAUUCUGGUCCAAAAGUGUUGGAAUAUAAUGUUCGCUUUGGUGAUCCGGAGACAGAAGUCACGUUGCCGCUUUUAAGUGAUGAUACGGACUUGGCGGAAAUUAUGCUGGCCUGUGUAGAGAGACGGUUAGAUUCAAUCCGGGUUAAGACAAAACCGGGUUUUGCGGCUGUUGUUGUUAUAGCAUCUGAUGGUUACCCCGGAAGCUACAUUAAAGGAAAAGAAAUUUCAAUAGCGGAAGUUCCAUCGGAUGUGAUAAUCUUUCAUGCCGGCACUAAUUUAAAAAACGGUAAACUUGUUACAUCGGGUGGACGCGUUUUUGCAGUUUCUGGAAUAGCAAAUACAUUGAGAGGAGCUGUUGAUAAAGCGUAUAACGGUGUUAAAGUUAUAAAUUUCGAAAAGAUGAUUUAUCGAAAAGAUAUUGCUCAUCGCGCUUUUGCAUAUUUAGUCCAUCAACCUGCUGUUGAUGAUGCAAUGACGUACGCGUCUGCGGGUGUUUCUAUUGAUUCUGGAAAUCUUCUCGUUAAAAAGAUUAAAUCCCUAACGAAAAGUACACAGCGUCCUGGAACUAAUUGCGAAAUAGGAGGUUUUGGUGGCCUCUUUGAUCUAAAGGAAGCCGGAUUUGAGAAUCCAAUUUUAGUAUCAACCACUGAUGGUGUAGGUACUAAAUUAAAAAUUGCUCAGGUCGUCGGAAUUCAUAAUACUAUUGGUAUUGACCUUGUCGCGAUGAAUGUUAACGACCUUGUUGUGCAAGGUGCUGAACCUCUAUUUUUCCUUGAUUAUUACGCGUGUGGCAAAUUAAACGUCGACGUCGCACAAAGCGUAGUUGAAGGCAUAGCAAACGGAUGCAUCGAAUCUAAUUGUGGAUUGAUUGGUGGCGAAACAUCAGAAAUGCCUGGAGUUUAUGGUGAAGAGGAAUAUGAUUUGGCAGGAUUCGCGGUGGGUGCCGUAGAACGGGGAAAAAUUCUUCCACGUAUUUAUGAUAUAAACGUUGGUGAUAUUCUCAUUGGGAUCGCGUCAUCUGGACUUCAUUCCAAUGGUUUUUCGUUGGUUCGCAAAAUUAUCACUAGACUUAACAUUGGGUACGAGUCCCCUUGCCCAUGGAAUUCAAAUAUUACUCUCGGUAAAAGUCUUCUCAUACCGACCAAAAUUUAUGUUAAGCAAUUAAUACCGAUUAUUAAAAAGGGACUUGUCAAAGCCAUGGCCCAUAUUACCGGUGGAGGCUUUGUAGACAAUAUACCAAGAGUUCUUCCUGGACAUUUGGGAGUUAUCAUAGAUUCAAAGUCAUGGGAAAUACCUCACGUGUUUAAAUGGCUGGCAAAAAACGGAAACAUACCGCCAGGCAUUCCACGAAAUACAGAGGAACUGUUCCGAACGUUUAACUGUGGUAUAGGAAUGAUACUAAUCGUUUCAGCGGAAGAUGAAAGUAAUGUCAUAGAUUUAUUGAAAAAGUAUGAUGAUGUCUAUAAAAUUGGUCGAGUGGUAACGAAAGAAUCGAAUAAUGGGAGGCAGGUUAUCAUCGAUGGAAUUACCGAAAUAUGUUAG